GUGCUUGUGGCGGCCCUCGAGCCCCUGGUGCUUGCGUUCAGCGGACCAGCAACAUGGAGGAACUAGACGGGGAGCCCACGCUCACGGUCCCCUCCACACUUGUUAACUGCGUUGCAGCUACCAGUUCUGGGGCUUCUCCUACCUGUUGAUUCCAGGGAUAAAUUCCAAGAAGAGGCAAAUGUGUUUUGACUGGGGACCUGGAGAGAUGCUGGUGUGUGAAACUUUGUUCAAAAAAAAAGAGAAAGAAGAGAAGGUGCUGGGCUGCCCUUUCAUCUAUAUAGUCCGGAAGGAUAUAGAUGUUUACUCUCGGAUCCUACGGAAACUUUUCAAUGAGUCUCACAGCAUCUUUGUGGGGCUCCAGAGGAUUGAGGAAGAAUCAGCAGGAAAAUCCAGGAAAGCUCAAUUGGUUCGAGUGAGUAAAAACUAUCGGUCAGUUAUAAGGGCCUGUAUGGAAGAAAUGCAUCAAGUAGCAAUUGCUGCUCAAGAUCCAGUCUGUGGUCGUCAGUAUAGUAGUCAGGUUUCUAUUCUUUCUGCAAUGGAGUUGAUAUGGAACCUUUGUGAAAUCCUCUUUAUUGAAGUAGCCCCAGCUGGCCCUCUACUCCUUCACCUUCUUGACUGGGUCCGACUGCACGUGUGUGAGAUGGAUGGUUUGUCAGCAGAUGUUCUUGGUAGUGAAAAUCCAAACAAACAUGAGAACUUCUGGAAUUUGGUGACUCUCUUCGUGCUGCAGGGCCACCUGGACGAGGCACGGCAAAUGCUGUCCAAAGAAGCUGAUGCUAACCCUGCUUCAGCCAGCAUGUGCAGAGUCCUGGGGGACCUGAUGAGGACCAUGCCUAUUCUCAGCCCUGGCAACACCCAGACAUUGACAGAACUGGAGCUGAAAUGGCAGCACUGGCAUGAGGAAUGUGAGCGACAUCUUCAGGAUGGCACCUUUGCUUCUAACCCCCACUUGGAGUCCCUCUGCAAGGUCAUGCUGGGUGAUGACAACGCUUUGCUGGAGCAGAAGGAGCUCCUCAGUAACUGGUAUCACUUUCUGGUGACUCGGCUCCUCUACUCUCACCCCACGGUGAAGCCCAUUGAGCUGCACUUCUACGCCCAGUCCAGCCUAGAUCUCUUUCUGGGAGGUGAUAGUGGUCCAGAACCCCUGGACAACAUUUUGAUGGCAGCCUUUGAAUUCGACAUUCAUCAAGUCAUCAAGGAAUGCAGCAUUGCCCUGAGCAAUUGGUGGUUUGUUGCUCACUUGACAGACUUACUUGAUCACUGCAAACUUCUCCAUUCUCACAACCUCUAUUUUGGUUCCAAUAUGCGAGAAUUCCUUCUGCUCGAAUAUGCAUCAGGACUGUUUGCUCAUCAUAGCCUGUGGCAGCUAGGUGUGGAUUACUUUGACCAUUGUCCAGAGCUGGGCAGAGUUUACCUGGAGCUUCAUAUUGAGCGGAUUCCCCUAAACACAGAGCAGAAGGCCCUCAAAGUACUUCGGAUCUGUGAGAGGAGGCAGAUGACUGAACAAGUUCGAAGCAUCUGUAAGAUCCUUGCCAUGAAAGCUGUCUGCAACAACCGCCUGGGCUCUGCCUUGUCCUGGAGUAUCCGAGCCAAAGAUGCAGCUUUUGCCACCCUUGUCUCUGACAGGUUCUUAAAGGAUUACUGUGAACGGGGCAGUUUCUCAGACUUGGAUCUCAUUGACAACCUGGGCCCGGCUAUGAUGCUGAGUGACCGUCUGACUUUCCUAGGAAAAUACCGGGAAUUUCACCGGCUUUAUGGGGAAAAGCGCUUUUUGGAUGCUGCUUCACUGCUGCUGUCACUGAUGACUUCCCAAAUUGCCCCUCGAUCCUUCUGGAUGACACUACUGACUGAUGCCCUUCCUCUACUAGAACAGAAACAGGUCAUCUUUUCUGCUGAGCAAACCUAUGAGCUGAUGCAGUGCCUAGAGGACUUGACGACAGGAAGACCAGAGCCCAGAGAUCUUGAGGGCCAGAGACCCCAGGACGAUGACAUCGAGACGACCAAAGUGGAAAUGCUGAGACUGGCUCUUGCACGAAACCUUGCACGGGCAAUUGUGAAAGAGGGAACCUUAGAAGGCUCAUGAAAUGGCCAGAGAAGCUACAGGACUUUGUAUGGUGGUGAUAUGUUUCUCUAAAAAUAAAUGCUUUUUUUUUUUUAACAAAUAAAAGGACGUUUCUGUAUUCAGUUAGGAAGGAUGAUGUAAGCUAUGAAAGGGAGAACAUGCAGUUUGAUUUUCAGGUGUCCUAGAAUGAUUUUGGCCUUGAACUCCAC